CAACAGCACCACGCUCACUCUGCGCCGCGGACUCUGUGCGCGCUGCUGGUGGCCAUCUGCGCUCCUCGCAGCUCGUUUGUGGUGCACCGUGCGCACUUUGGGUCUGUUUGGACCGAGAGGAAGAUCGAAAAAGAAAAAAAAGAAAAAGAAGUAGAAAGAAAGAAGAAAGAAGGAACACAGCUACUGGAGCUACCUGCUGCUACAACCACAGUGAGCUUAGCGCUGGACUCAAAGAGAAAAAUCACCUGCCUGGAGGCGGCGACGGUAAAACUCUUAGACACACUUCAGGGACUAAAUUAGAAUCCUUUCAACUUUGGAUUAUUCUGCAGGUGGUUUAUAAGAAAUAGAGAAGUGGAUCUUUGCGCCAAGAGAAGAAACAACAUUUUUUUUUCUGCAAACGAUGCAGAUGCAGGUUUUUUCUUUCUUUUCUUUUUUUUCUGUUGCUUGUCCCCAAAGACAAAACUGAUGUGAUGCGUUUUGGGAACUGAGCUACAGCUGUUUGGAUGAACCAAGUCUGCAGCUGAGAGAAAGAAAGACAGAAAGAAAACAGUUUUUAUUCGCUGCUUGGACAAUUAAUUAAAAAAAAAAAGCAAAGAACACACCGAAGGGACGGAGGAGGGAAGGGGGAUAUGGAUGGUGUUGCUGGGCCUGAGGUUUGUGUGUUGGAGCAGCCUGCAGCUGGGAUGCGCUGUGCGUCCGAGCCGAGAAGUUUCACAUCAUGAUACGGAAUCAGAAGCGCUGCACCUGACCUGAAUGUAACACAACGUGAGCCCAGUCCACGAAGAUCUACCAUGUCCCCGGUACACGCCAGGAAGCUGACGCUGUGCCAGGCCCUGACCUUUGUCCUGCUGCUGGUCGCUCCCUCCUGCCUGUCCUCCCCGCAGAGCGCCUCCUGGGGUUCCACGUGGGGUCUCUCUUCCGAGUCCACGCCGGGACGUCCCGCGCGCGCACGGAGGCAGCUGCACUUCAGAAACGAGUGGGCGACGUGGAGCGGCUGGUCCGUGUGCUCGCGCAGCUGCGGGGGCGGAGCCUCAGUGCGGACACGCACCUGCAUCACCAGGAACCCAGUGGGUGGACCAUGUGCAGGAGAUCCCAGACAAUACAAGAUCUGCAACACGAAGGAGUGUCCUCCCGGCUCGGAGGACUUCCGAGAGAUGCAGUGCGCUGCCUUCAACGACAGACCGCUGGUGGCUGGAAACUCCUUCAGAUGGACCACGUUUCACGGAGGCUCUAACCCCUGUGAGCUCAGCUGUCUGGCCCUGGGGCACAACUUCUACUACAACUUUGGCCGCGUGCUCGAUGGCACCGCCUGCAGCCAGGAGUCUGGAGCCGUGUGUGUCAAUGGACGCUGUCUGACCCCCGGCUGUGACUCCGUCCUGGGCUCGAAGCAGCAGGAGGACCCCAUCUCCCUGCUCAGCUCCCUGCUCAGCUCCCUGCUCAGCUCCCUGCUCAGUUCACUGCUCAGCUCCCUGCUCAGCUCCCUGCUCAGCUCCCUGCUCAGUUCACUGCUCAGCUCCCUGCUCAGCUCCCUGCUCAGCUCCCUGCUCAGCUCCCUGCUCAGGGGGCCUUUCGGAUACAACGAGGUGGCCAUGAUACCAGCCGGAGCCACUCACAUCCGAGUCACCGAUAACAGCAGGAAUUAUCUCGCCCUGCAGAACGGUCGCUCCCAGUUUGUGAUCAACGGCAACUGGAAAAUCAGCGUUCCGGGCGAGUAUAACGUGGCCGGGACCAAGCUGCUGUACCGGCGCUCUGCAGACACCUGGGAGAGCUUCGAGGUGCCAGGACCGACCAAGGAAGACCUCCACCUGAUGGUUCUAGCGACGGACAAAAACCCAGGGAUCGAGUACGAGUACUGGCUUCCUCCGGACCAGUACGACCUGUACCACGGGCGGAGGAGCCCCCUGCGUCAGCCUCACCACACUGCCAGCUACCUCCCCUGGGAACAACCCACCACUCCAUCCACCACCACCACCACCAGCACCAGCAGCAGCAGAACCACCACCCAGCCUCCCCCCAGCACCACCCGACCGCUCUGGAUGUUAAGGCCGGUGAAGCCUCCGAGACAGUCUCCUCACCACGACCACCAGCCCAUCCUGCCUCGUCUGGAGCGGGAGGAGAACCACAGGAACCUCCUCCCUCAGCCCUCACCUGGAAGGCACUGUGGGAAAUGCCAGCGAGUAAAAGGCCGGCGCGAACGCCAGAGACAGUACUGUCAGAAGGACUUUGUUUUCCGGGCCCGAGUCCUGGGGAAGCUGUACAGGGGCGAGGAGACGCGCUACGACGUCCAGAUGAUCCACACCUACCGGAACCGCUUCCGCCUGGAGCACAGGGAGUUCCUGUGGGUGCCCAACGUCUGCGACUGCCCUCACCUGGACGUGGGGAAGCAGUACGUCUUCAUGGUGCGUCGCCACAUCAACUACGAGCACACGCUGAACCGCAUCCUGCUGGAGGAGGACAGCUACGUGGUGCCUUACCGGCCCAGGGAGGACGAGCAGCUGCGGCCGCUCGAAAGGCUCUGCAGCAACCGGGGACCCAAGCGUCCGGCGGAGCUGAGGGGACGAGCGUGAGAGGCGCAGAGCGAAGCCUCAUUCAUUCAUUCAUUCAUUCAUUCACUCAUUCAUUCACUCACAAGGCUUCACAUCAGACAUCAGAGCCUGAUGACUUUGAUCGUGGCACCGGAUCGUUUAGAGAGUUUCCUCCAGCCUCGACUGAAACACGUUCAGAAACCAAAAAGAAAAAGACAUUUAUUUAAAAGCCUGACCAGCUUACUGUACCAUAUAGAGCACUUUAGGUGGACGCGUGUGUCCACCUUUAAACACAUACCAAAGAGAAGAACAAGGACUGAAACAGCCUUUUUUUUUUUGCCUUUAUUUUUUUUGUAUCGUAUUUUUGUGUGUUAAGGUAAAAGAAAAAUCCACCUAAAUGUUUUCCUACAUAGACACACUGUCACAAAAACAAGCUGACUCCAUAAUUUAGAAGCUGUGGGUUUAUUACGGCAGCAACUGUCUGCGCCACCCAAGACAUCAGGUGUAAGAGAUUUGUUUUCCUGGGGGGGAUUUAAAACCGAGCUACUGAUUAAAUUAUGGGACGAAUCUAGAAGAUCCCAAAUUGCGUGUGCAAUCUAGAAUUUUGCGUGUGGGCUGGAGCGGUGGUUUGUCAGAGAUUUACUAAGACUGGUUGCGUAAAUGACAGACGCAUGUAAAUGAGUGUUUUUCAUGCGCUGCUGGUUUUCACCGUUACAUCAGGUGUCAGCUGAAGAGACACAUGA